CCCACCUUCGUCUAUAGGUCCCUGGCAUCUAGGAAAACUCGUGGAACCUUCGUUCUUUGAAUAUUCAACUAUGGGAGCCCUCCUGGAACUUCUGAUGAACUUUUAUCCCCAAGGUGAGAUGCUAUCCCAAAGGUGAGAUGCUGUUCCGAAGUUCCCAAGUAACUUACGAUGAACUUAUUUUCCCAAAGAUUAGACGCCGUCUCAAAGUCGACUCUUAACAAAUUUUGGGGGAAAUUUCUUACUUCCUCCAUUCUUGCCUCAAAAAAAGAAAAUUCCAUAGCUAUUGCUGAAGGAAAGCAUCAGAAUUGAGCUAUUGUUCGGGAGAGAUAAGGGCCUCUUGCUCUUCCUCUUGGCUCCUCGAUUUGACCGUAUUGUCUAAAACCUUAUUCCUGUGAGGAGUGAGGGAAGGAGAGAUGGUUGAGUCUAUUGUUUCGAGUGUGGUUUCCAGUGUUGUUUCUCUGGUUGCCAACCUUCUCAUGCAAAAAGCUGUUUCCUUGGGUGGUGUGCGUGAUCAGAUCAAAGAGGUGGAAACAGAACUCCGUCUAUUGCAAGGCUUCCUCAAACAUGCUGAUUCCAAAAGGACGAGAGGAGAUGCAACAAUUGAGAGCUGGAUAAGCGAGACGAGAGGUGUAGCCUAUGAUAUAGAAGAUGUCAUAGACACCUUCCGCUACAUGCACGAGAGGCGACACCAAAGGAGAGACUGCACGGGCACCAUUUCCAGGUACUCUCACAAACAUGAUGACUGGAUCACCCUUAACAAAAUUGACUCCAAAAUUAAACAAAUAAAGAGCAGGAUCCAAAUUAUUUCC